AGGUGGCGGCGUGGGGCGGGGAGAGCCCAGAGCCGCCGCCGCCGCCGCCGCCCGGGAACCGAGCGCAGCCGCCGCGGCCUGUUCCGCCGGGGAGGCGGCACCAUGUCCGGGCGCGGCCACCACAAGCUGCCCACGACCGAGCGCAUCGUCAAGGCUGUCCCAUUUCCACCCACGCAACGGCUCACGCUGAAGGAAGUGUUUGAAGAUGGGAAACCCAGGCUUGAUGUCUUGAAGAGCCACCUGGUGAAGGAAGGGCGCCUGGAAGAGGAUGCAGCACUAAAGAUCAUCAAUGAUGGGGCUGCCAUUCUGAGGCACGAGAAGACAAUGAUUGAAGUGGAGGCUCCAAUCACAGUGUGUGGUGACAUUCAUGGGCAGUUCUUUGACCUGAUGAAGUUGUUUGAAGUUGGAGGAUCACCCAAUAACACUCGCUACCUCUUCCUGGGAGACUAUGUGGACAGAGGCUACUUCAGUAUAGAGUGUGUGCUGUAUUUAUGGAGUUUAAAGAUAAAUCAUCCCAAAACGCUGUUCCUGCUUCGAGGGAACCAUGAGUGCAGGCACCUCACAGAGUACUUCACCUUUAAACAGGAAUGUCGAAUCAAGUAUUCAGAGCGAGUGUAUGAUGCAUGUAUGGAUACAUUUGACUGUCUUCCUCUCGCUGCCCUCCUAAAUCAGCAGUUCCUAUGUGUCCAUGGAGGACUGUCCCCAGAAAUCACGUGUCUAGAUGACAUUAGGAAAUUAGACCGGUUUAAGGAGCCUCCAGCAUUUGGUCCAAUGUGUGACCUGCUCUGGUCCGAUCCAUCAGAGGAUUAUGGCAAUGAGAAGACGCUGGAGCAUUUCACCCACAACACUGUUCGAGGCUGCUCCUAUUUCUACAGUUACCCCGCUGUUUGUGAAUUUUUGCAGAACAAUAGUUUGUUAUCUGUAAUCCGAGCUCAUGAAGCCCAGGAUGCCGGGUACCGAAUGUACAGGAAGAGCCAGACAACAGGCUUUCCAUCGCUAAUCACAAUCUUCUCUGCACCAAAUUACCUAGACGUCUAUAACAACAAAGCUGCUGUACUGAAAUAUGAAAACAAUGUCAUGAACAUCAGGCAGUUCAACUGUUCUCCACACCCCUACUGGCUUCCAAACUUCAUGGAUGUCUUCACAUGGUCUUUGCCUUUCGUAGGGGAAAAGGUCACAGAGAUGCUCGUUAACAUCCUCAACAUAUGCUCCGAUGAUGAAUUGAUUUCAGAUGGUGACGAAACAUUGGAAGGAGGCACAACAGUUCGUAAGGAGAUCAUCAGAAAUAAGAUCAGAGCCAUUGGGAAGAUGGCACGUGUCUUCUCAGUUCUUCGAGAGGAGAGUGAGAGUGUGCUGACUCUCAAAGGCCUGACUCCCACAGGUACGCUUCCCCUGGGAGUCCUCUCAGGUGGGAAGCAGACUCUACAGACAGCCACAGUAGAAGCAGUAGAGGCACGGGAAGCCAUCCGUGGAUUUUCACCGCAGCACAGGAUCCGCAGCUUCGAAGAAGCUAGAGGGCUGGACCGCAUUAACGAACGCAUGCCUCCACGCAAAGAUUCAGUGCACCCAGACGGGCCGGUGAACUUGGUAACCUCAACAAACUCUGCGGAAAAGAAUGGCACAGGGAAGAAAGCUCAGUAACGGUCCCAGGGCCCGAUGUGCACCACAAGAGGAUCCAAAACUUAAGGAAUUUUAUUUAUUUAUUAUGGGGGCAGGGUGGGGGUGUUGGGAGAAACAAACUUAACCUGGAGGCACGUUCAUAAUCCAGUUUGCAUCCAUUCUGUAAGAAAGGUGACCAUUUUGUAAUUUUUUUAUUUAUGUUCAAUAUAUAUAAAAAAAUCCAUCUUUUUUUAAUUUAGAAACCGAUCUAAUUGCUAGUGCAUAUAUGAAGUGUUGUGCUGUACAGCUCACCUCUCCCCCAGCAAGAGGGGGAACUCCUGGGGAAUUUAAAAAAAAAUGCCCCCUGCCCCCCCAUCCUCCCCCUCCUCCCUGAGUCCCAGGCAGCUUUGGUCUUUUGACUUUGGUACAGUUUUAAAUUGGCCUGUGCUUUCCAAAAGCAGGGGCUUUCAUUUUCUAACAUGGUUUUGCAACUAUCUUCUUCCCAGAGUUGGCUGUUCCUUUCUCCAACUCGCUGCCUAGCUGCAUCUGCUGCUUUAACACUUGUUUCCGUGGAAGGCAUGUUGCAUGGUGCGACUGGCUCAGAUCCAUCCCUCUCCACCAUUUUAGAGGACUUUUAUCAGAAGGGACAUCAAAGUAGGUAGCUGAGAUUCCAGCAAGAGUCUUGCAUUAUCUUUAAGAGACAAAGGUGCGAUGUUCCAGUACCAGCACCGUUUUCUGCAGGAUCACGUUCAUUUCAAUGGAGCAAAACAAAAAGCAAAAAAACCCACCCCUCUCUGAGACUGACCAGAAAGGCAAGCAUGGGGAAUUAUUCCCUUUAGCAGCUGUUCUUUCUUUCAUAAGCUUUGGUCUUCUGAAAUCCGGGCUGCUAAGCACCUGCAUAGUUCCAAACAGUAUAAGCAACAUGUGAUUGGCAUCUAAAUCUUCUGCAGAGAGCAUCAUGCAUCUGGAAUCUCCCUCUUUCUAAUUCCACUUAGGGCAGAGGAAACUCUUUCCAGAAAUGGCAGAUUUCCUAGAGACUUUUCCAGGCCUGCAUGAAAAAGCCCUGUUGGCUUAACUGUUAAGGCAGGUGUUCUACCACCAUCACACGAUAGUAGCUUCUUGACCAUAUUGACAUACUGCGGCUCUCAGGGAAUCUCAGAUGUUUGGAGCUGUGACUAGAGUCCAAGCCAGUGCCUAUGUGGACUUCUGCUGAUCUUGGGCUGAGUGUACUUCACAGCACCUCUUAGGCUAGAGUCCUCUUACAGGGCAGUCAGACAGCACAAGCCAUUCUUGAAUUUUCCAGGUUCCAUUAGCAUGGUUAAGUCGGACUAUGGAGAGCCCCUGUGAGUGCCCUCUGCGAGCAGCGGAUGUUGCUCUGACUCUGUAAGAGUGCAGGUCUGCCAGCAUUUCCUAGACACACAGUCUGAUGCCAUGGGUUUUAGCAAUUCCAUCAUUGCUGCCAAGUAUCUGUGCCCAUUUGAUGGCAGAUCUUCGUUCCUUUGAGAAGUUGAAACAUACCCUCAGUCCCUCUUGAAGCGUUUUGGGGUUCCGGCCCAGUUGUAUCUUCUCCUUUCACCUCUUGCACACGUGCAGAGGGGAUUGCUUUGUUAUGCCCAGGCAGACCAACAGUGUGCCCAGUGGAUCUGAUGGGACAUAGCACUCUUGACAGGGAAAACCAUGAUGCCAAGAGGCUUCCUUAAUUGUUCAGUUGGCAGACAGGCGUGAAUCUGUUUUGAACAGGGAUUUGUGCAUGGGUCGAGGUGGGGGAGGUGAGCCAGGCUGUUGUUUCACAAAGGGAAGUUUUUUGCUGAAGGCUUUGGACAUUUGUCUUUGCAUGUGGAGAGGGAAUUCGUUGUAGUCUCCCAGGCCAUCUUCAUGUGCCUGCUUUCGGGGCUGAGGCUGGGAGAAAGCAGUAAACUUACUGUGCCAGAUCUCCCUGUGUAAAGAUGGGGUGUGAGGGAAUUGCUGGCCCUCAGCAUUUGCUGCUGGGUUUGCCACAAGAGUAGAGCAACCAGAAGGUGUGUAGACCAAGCAUAAUGCAUUUGAGUACCAAGCACCCAGUAGAAGUGAGACUGCUGCUCUACAGUGGUUAGCUGAGCUGUCCAGGGGACAGCAGUGACUUUCAGAAAAGAGGAGCUUAUCUGGCCACAGGAAGGGCGGGCACCACGGUAUCCUGCCAGUGACAUAGCUAUCAUGGGGGAAGGAUCAGUGUCCACUGGUGCCACCGGAAAUCAGGCCUGUAAGUGAGCAGUCAUGGCAGAGAGGGUCUUGUGAAAUGCUGUGUUUUCAGAAGCAUCUGUGCCCUGGGGUUGCAAUGGGGAGAGAGACAUUGUAGAGGGGGUAAGUGAGUAGGGGAACCCAGUGGAUGUGGGAAAAUGGUUUUGAAGGCACUUAGUGGAGUGGAUCAUUCGGCAAGUUGGACAAAAAGGCAUCUCAUUGCAGGGUGCUCAGUGUGUGUUACCAGCGCACAGCUGAGAAUUUCCUGAGAUUGGCCUCUCAAACGUGAAAUGCUGCAAAGCUGGAAUCUCAGCAAGCAGAGUACCCCGCUGGGUUAGUUUACUUAGACUCGGACUGAAACAGGUGUCAGAACAGACCCAUAAAAAUCCCAGGAAGCUCUCUUAUUUUUCAGGAGUGCAAAGGUCCCUUCCCCUGCCUUUGGCUGACCUGUCACUGUAGCUGGAUCCUCUUCUGCCGCUGUCACGCUUCAUCAAAGCAGCACACUUUGCCGCCUUCCACUGCCCUUCCGGUUUAAACCACAUGCUAACACCACUGAACAAGUGUAGCAGGUGUGCAGCCUUAGACUCAGCCUUCUAGAGAGGGAUGUUUGCCAGCCCGUUUUCUGCCCCUUGAUGUUGCUGGCUUCCCUUCAUGCUGUGGCCACCCGCUUGUCUUCUAGCCCCCAGGGAAGGCAUCAACCUUGCAGAAACCUCUUCUGACCUCUUUCCUACUUCCACGUCACAAAGGUGACUCCUUAGUGGUUCUUUAGGUAACUGCCUGUGUAAGCAGACUAGGGUUUUAGUGAUGGACACUUGAAGUCACUUGCCUCCAUUUUUUUUUCCACACGCCCCCUGCUUUGUGCAAAUGUGAGUGUUUUGAGAAGGCUUGUCUGUUUCCUACCCCAUGGGGGGCAAGGGCUUGAUCGCUCCUGUCUGUGCACCUCCUGUUUUGUAUGGCAACUGUCCCAAAGCAUGAGUGGGCUAAAGCACUGCAUCUUUCUUUCCAAGAUGGCUGAUGGCACAGAGGUGCUGGCCAGGGCUGGACGGCCUCUGCUCAGCAACUCUGGGCUGUGAGCCCUGUGCCGGGCCCCACAACGUGGCCUCUACCCCAUUCGGGGUCAGGAGUGAAGGGGGGAGCUGAGGCAGCUGGGAUCCCUCCCUUAAAACUGGGGAGAAGAAGAAGACACUGCCAAGAUAUUUGUUAACCUCAUUGUUCAUCGCCACUUGGGAACUUACCGCCAACGGUGGUUUCUGUCCCCCUUCACUCUGCCUCAGUUAAUGGCGCGCCAGCUCUGACUGUGGUUCUGCUCAUGCACUCUGGGCUUCUGGUACUGGCUUUUCACAAGACAAAGUCAUUUCUUCGCAAAACCUCUCCUGUGCCAGAGGCUCUGCAGAUGGAUUUUUUUCAAGCAGAUCACACUUUUUGGCCCUGCCAGCUCCUGCUGUGGGCCUUUUAGGCCUUUCUUCUCCCCAGGGAAAAGAUUAACUGCUAUUUCAAAGCAAGAGGCUCAUCAUAACAUUGCUAAGUGGUGUUUGCAAACCUUGGAGCUGUGAAACCAUAGUUACCGGAGCCGUGCGCCUGCCGAAAUUAUCCAUGCAACCGAUCAGGGGACACCGAUCCACGAGCCCUCCUCAAUUCCGAUUGGCUUGUGACUUGACAGCACACGGACCCAGAGGGGGUCUCUCCCAGCCUGUUAAUUAGCGGAUGCUCCUCCAACAGGAGUCCCGAGCCAUCCCAUUGCUGUCAGUCGGUGGGGCUGAGCUGGGAUCAGGAGUCCUGCUCUCGCAUUAGUCACAGACGGGAGGAAAGUAAUCGCCAGCCCAGUGGGCUGUGGGCGUCGGGAGCACUGUGGAUGACUCAUGGCUUCCCCAUGCAGGAGCUAUUGGGCCUUUCCCCUCCUCUCUAGUAUCCAUCUGAGAGCUGCUGGGAAUGUAUUCUGUAUCCCACACAAGCACAUGCAGCUAGCAUGCUGUCAGGCAAAGCACAGUCUCCAGUUUCCAUGGGAACGCCAGUGCCAGGGUCUGUGUUCCUUCAGCACAGCAUGCAGUGUUCCUAAUGGGGUGAGGGGGUGAGCGGCAGCACAGAUUGGGGAGAGUGGGUGUUAAUUACCCCCUUGAUUGACUAAUGUUCAUCCCUGUAACCCUCUCUGUGCUGGCUUCCCCUCUGCUGGGGUUUAGCUAGCUGCUGCUGCUGCGCAGCACAGUGCUGUUAUACAGCGAGUGGCAAGGACUGUAUGGACAGGUGAUGACAGAGCCCCCACGAGAGGGUGAACCAGGGCAGGUUGAGACUCCACUUUUGGUCAGAGCAGUAGGCGAGAGCUGCUGCUCCCAAGUGCAAAGAGUCUCCAUUGUACUGUCAGUAUUAAGCAUUUAGACCUCGCGGUGCCCUCUACCUCCAUCCAGUGUGUCCUGAGGGAGGCAGAGAACCCCACCGCACAGGCCUUAACGCCUGGACAGCUCCAAAAAAAACCGAACUGGUUCCCAGGAUGGCGCUAGGCCACCACCCCAGUAUUUGUUGUGCGGGGAAGAGGGAUCUUGCCCUUCAGAGGCCUGCGUAAGAACAGGAGGGGCUUCCUUGCUCCCCUCAUCCCAGUACCAAGCAUUGUGAAUACCUAGUGCCCCCCUUCCUCUAUUCCUCCUGGGCCAUCUAGCUGCAGAAGCUCGACAAAGGAGACUUUGCAAAAAAACAAAAACAAAACAAAACAAAAAACCCCAACAAAAAACCCAAAAUAGGGAGAAAAAAAGAAAAGGGGGGGAAAAAAAGCCAAGCAGGCCCUAAGCCCUGGAGCACAGUCAGUCCAUGCGACUCUGGCCAUGUAGGGGCAGCGCGCUCGCACUCACUCCUUUCUCCGGAUGGCUGUCUCAAGCAGCCUGGGGUUUUUUGCAUGUUAUAGCAAGGUGCAUGUAACAAGGAGGGAGUCAGCAAUGGGUUUUUUGUUUAAGCUUUGGGAACAAAGGUGCGUUCACCUUGUAUAGGGAGAACCUUUGAUGGCGAUAACAUCCCGCACACCCACGGGGAGGGCCCUUCUCAGCACGCUGCAACACUCAGAUCUGUCUUACCUAGCUAGAUUCUCUGAACAGAGCCGCUUGGAGGCUGGCCUGCCUCACGCCACAAGGACCGCAGAGCCCCUAGGAAUGCGUGUUGGGUGCGAUGGUGAUGUGAGGUUCUCCGCUGAAGGAUCCUAUGCCCGUUGCCUGGAGACUGCCUCCUUUUUUUUCUUGCUUUUUUUUUUUUUUUAGUUAUGUUUAAAGAAAAAUGGUGACAAAUGUUAUUUAUUGGCAGAAAUUAUUUAAUAUAAUUUCUCUUCUUUUUUGUGAACAAGGAAUGAAUUUGUUAGAACUGUCUUACUGUAAAUGGGAAGUCAUCUUUAAGAAAAAAAAAGUUAAAAAUUAAAUGACACGGUC